CACUAAAAAAAAUAAUACAAAUCGAAAACAAAGCCCCAUUGCGCCCCAUUAAGCAAAUGCUAAAUUAGUUCGUUGUGUAAAGGUGUGAAGCAUUAUUUGUCGAAAUUGGCCUACCGCAACAAACCCCAUUUGCUUGUGUUGGUUUUCGCCCAAUUAUUUGGCCAAAGUACCACGGAGUUUUGUAAAAAUAUUUCUGGAAAAUCUUCCUCAAAGUGCAGUGAUUGUGUUUGUGUGCUCGAUUCGUUUGUAGAACGGUAACAGGUAAAACAACAUCAACAUCAAUAUCAACAAUCCGAAUCCGAACGAGCGACCGCUAUCGGUGAAUAUAACCAUUAAAAUGAAGUUAAAGUCGCUCCCCAGCUGCAUACAAAUGCUGCUGUAAAUAAGUCUAAACAAACACUGGCAGUUGUUAAUGACAGGAAGGAGAGCUUUCAAGAACUGGAGGACUCCCAAUCCCUUGGCGCGGACUAACCGAAAGUAAAUUGAAAUUUCAGCACGUUCUCGGGUCCGGACCAGUGCACAUCCAUCGAGCGACUGCCGGGUUUUGCAUGCUGGCCGGGCAGAUAGCCCCGGCGUGAGCACACACAUCGGGCUGGAAAAGAUAUAGGCAACGAGUCAUCCAGCCAUCCAGCCAACCAGCUGCAUCGAAUAUAUCUCGGCCAAAUGUACGCCGGUCGGGCGACACAAUUUGCCAAAACCAUCAGCAGCAUGGCGUGCAGCAUACAGAAGCAACCUCAGGCCCCGCAAUCAGUGGAUCCUGGCACUGCAGGAGUGGAUCGGGUGGGUGGAAUGGGAGGGGGAGGAGGUGGUGGCCCCAGUGGAGCUGGCACCGUCCCCUCCACCCCGAAGACCAAGAGCGCCCAGCCGAGGGGCUCCCUGCCAACGGAUGUGAACCAACCACCGUUGGAAUUUCAGUGGCCACCGCCCGUUCCUGUUUCGAUACACACGAGCAACUUGCGUCUGAACAUGAUGAACCAGGAUCCCAAGGACCUCCAUACAGCCCGAGCCAUUAUUGAGGAGCUGCGCUCCAAAGUGCGCUUCCAGACGGAGCACAUCAUGAAGUGGCGCAAGGCGUAUGCCAUGCAGGUUCAGCAGCACUAUCGGUAUCAGAAGGAGAAAUCAGAUCAGAUGAACUCGUUGACCUCGCAGCUCUUGCUCCUAGAAUCCCGACUGAAGCGGAAGCAGAAGCAGAUAGCAAGUCUAUUGAACCAUCGGGAGUUGACCAUCCAGCGUCAGCAGAAGAUCAUCGACACCCUGUCCUCCCGGUUGGUGGAUCAUGGCUUGGAGACCAUUGAAGCUAGCUAUGCCAACGAGCUGGACUCCCUGAACGACUCGGACUCGGCGGUGGUGCUGGAGGACAUUGACUCCGACAGUCCGAUGACCUUGGGCACGCGACGGAAGAGUAGUGGCGCUGGCGGAUUGGGCGGAGUCCUGGGCAGCGACGGCAUCACCAUAGUACGGUCCAUAUCCGAUGCGAUCGAGACGAAUCACAACAAGUACGGAGCGGCCAGGCGAAACAACUGCUUCCUGCGUCGUCCCGAUAUCCUGGAAACCGUUUACUCCGUCGAGGAGGAUCCCGAACCCACCACGGACGUGGCCGAAAAGCGGGACAAGUUCAAGAACCGCUCAGACAAGGCUCUAAGUUCGAGCUCGACCGAGGGUCAGAUAGACGCCGCCAGUUCCUCGACCGCGGACAAAGCCAAAGAUUCAUCGCCCGUCGAGGGCGGAUCCACCAUUCCAAGACGUCAACUAGGAGCCCUCAAAAGAUCUCCCAGCCACGACUCUCCGUGCACCACACUCAGUGUCAAGGUCCCCCAGCUGCAGCCACCAUCUCCUCCACCAUCGGCAGGUGGAGCGCAGGAGCCGCCCAACGGAAAAACCCAGGUGACCAACUACAACCGGGUUAUGUUGAACCAUCGCUCGGUGACGAAGCCCAAGGACGUGAAAUACAAGCGCAUCAACAAGGCAAAGUCCAAGAGUCUGGAGGAGCUGAGAGGGCGUCUCAAGAACCUAGUGGAGCGGCCUCCUGGCCUGGACGGCGGUUUCUCCGGCGGCAUGAUGCCGCAGACGGCGCAGUCAUAUGCGUGACACUCGCAGCAGCCGGACGGGGAGUCCCAAAGGUCAACGGAAGGGGUGAAGUUGGGAGGGCAGCCGGAGGCGGCGAUGGAACCUCAUCCGCGGAGGGAGAGCGCGGAGCCAAUGACUUCGACCUCGGCCACGACCUCGACCUCGACCACGACCACGACUUUGAUCUCCGCCGCCCAGGAGCCGCAGGGCAGCAGACAUGGCUUUCCCAAGAGGUCGCUGACCUUGCCGCGCAUCCUGGUGCCCCGGCAAUCAGCAGCGGGACUGGCGGGCUCUAGCGGCGGGGGCGGCGGUGGGCGUGGCGGCUUCUAGCAAUUAAAGAAAUUUUUCAUACGCAAUUGUGAUAAAAAGUAAACACGUUUUCUUCCUCCGUCUCUGUACUGCCGACUUCAGUUGCUUUAACAUGAUUCUCUUUUGUAACAUUUGUUUCCUUGACAUUUAUCCUAAGCUUAGUUUGGUUAACUAUGCAUUUACAUACAUAAGUCUAGCUUAAGUUUUACAAACCGUACUGCAUUUUGACGUAACAUUACACAUAGUUUUCACAAAACAAAUAAAUCAUUUUGUAAACCUAAUUUUCUGUCUAUGAUUUUCACACUUUACAAAGAGCGUAUGAAAAAUUUCUCCAACCGUAAGUCAGAUAUAUCA